AUGAACCCGAAUCAGGCGCCUGAGAAAGGAGCCGCGUUGAAGCAGUUUGGGGUCGAUUUGACGGAGCUUGCCGCGCACGGGAAGUUGGAUCCUGUCAUUGGAAGAGAUGAGGAAAUUAGGCGUACAAUACAAGUAUUGUGUCGCCGAACAAAGAACAACCCAGUGCUCAUAGGCGAAGCCGGAGCGGGGAAGACCGCCAUCAUCGAAGGUUUAGCGCAGCGCGUUGUCAAAGGGGAAGUGCCGGAAAGCAUGAAGGGCAAAAGGGUGAUUGCGCUUGAUCUAGGGCAGCUUGUUGCCGGGAGCAAGUAUCGAGGUGAAUUUGAAGAACGACUGAAAGCGGUGUUGACCGACGUGCAGGCUGAAGAGGGCAAGAUUGUGCUCUUCAUUGAUGAGCUCCACACCCUCUUCGGCCUCGGUAAAGGCGAAGGCGGCAUGGACGCCAGCAACAUGCUCAAACCAGCGCUGGCUCGCGGCACGUUGCACUGCGCGGGCGCCACCACCAUCAACGAGUAUCGAAAGUACAUCGAGAAGGAUGCGGCAUUGGCGAGGCGGUUUCAGUCGGUUCUUGUGAGGGAGCCGACUGUUGAGGAGACGAUUUCGAUCUUGCGUGGAUUGAAAGAGAAAUAUGAAGUCCAUCACGGAGUGCGGGUUGCCGACAGCGCAUUAGUCAUGGCCGCCCAGUACUCGCAUCGCUACAUCACCGACCGGUUCUUACCGGACAAAGCCAUUGACCUCGUCGACGAAGCCUGCUCGGCGCUUCGUCUGGCGCAGGAGAGUAAGCCAGAAGCGCUGGAGAACCUGGAGCGGCAAAUCUUGACGACGGAGAUCGAACUCGAGUCUCUGAAGAAUGAACGAGACGCAGUCUCCCAAGAACGCCGCGAGAAACUCGAAAACGAGCUAUCAGACAAAAAACGCCAACAAGACGAGCUCACCAAAAUCUGGGAGACCGAGCGGGCCCGCAUCAACGAGAUCAAAACCAUCAAACAAAGGCUCGAACAAGCGCGCGUCGACUUCGAAAAAGCUCAACGCGACGGCGACCUCACCCGGGCCUCCCAACUCCUCUAUCAAGAAAUCCCAGCGCUAGAACGUCAGAUCCCUCAAGACACUGAGGAAACCGAAGGCCCUGAACGUCUCCUCCACGAACGCGUUACGGCUAACGAUAUCGCGAAAGUGGUCGCGAAAGCUACGGGGAUCCCCGUGCAGACGCUGAUGAAAGGCGAGCGGGAGAAGUUGUUGCAUAUGCAGGAGGCUUUGAAGCAGAGGGUGGUUGGGCAAAAUGAGGCGAUUGAGGCUGUGACGGAGGCUGUAAGGUUGAGUAGGGCGGGGUUGCAGUCGCAGACUAGGCCGGUUGCGUCGUUUAUGUUUUUGGGACCCACGGGAGUGGGAAAGACGGAGCUGUGCAAAGCGUUGGCACAGUUUUUGUUUGAUACGGAGUCGGCCAUUGUCCGGAUUGAUAUGAGCGAAUACAUGGAGAAGUUCUCCGUGUCAAGGCUCAUCGGCGCGCCCCCGGGCUAUGUCGGGUACGAGGAAGGCGGCGAGUUGACGGAAGCCGUACGCCGAAAACCGUAUUCGGUCGUGCUACUGGAUGAGAUAGAGAAGGCGCAUCGGGAGGUGAACAAUAUCCUUCUGCAAGUCCUAGACGACGGCUUUUUAACCGACUCGCAAGGCCGCAAGGUCGACUUCCGCAACACCAUCAUCAUCAUGACGUCGAACCUAGGUGCCGACUACCUGACCCUCCAACCCGAAGGCGAGCUGACCACCCAAGCCAAAGCGCAAGUUCUCGGCGCAGUCCGUGAACACUUCCCUCCGGAAUUCAUCAACAGGCAAGUCCCCUUCCAUUCAGUGGACGAACUAGUAGUCUUCAACCGCCUCUCCCGCGCCCGCAUCCGCGACAUCGUGGACGUGCGCAUCAAAGACGUUGCUAAACGCGUGCAGGACCAUAAACUGACGCUGGAUGUGGACGAUGCGGCGAAGGAGUGGUUGGCGGAGGAGGGGUAUGAUCCUGCUUAUGGCGCACGACCGCUCAACCGAGUCAUACAGAAGCGGCUCAUGAGUCCCCUGGCCGAGGCCCUCAUCGAGGGCUCCAUCCGCGACGGCGAAACAGUGAAAGUAACUACGCAAACGCUGCCCAACGGCCAGGGCACGUUGCUCAUUGUUAAAAACCAUGUGCCAAAUGUGGCAUGA